CUUCUUAGCAACAGAGAGCUGCGCAUUAAUGAUUUUACUUGUAUGUGAAGCCAGUUAGGCCGAUGUCGAAAAAAACAAGACAAAAAAAGAACAAGCCAUGUCGACUUCUGCCAUCUACCGUAUCACGUUCGUUGUAUGCUUGAUUUUCCGCAUAGAAUUCCCACUAUGCAAAGCCGACAAAGAUCUAAACGAUUACGGACCUGAAAAGAAAACUAUACAGCAGUGCUUUGGGACUUGUUUUCAUUUUCCCGUGUCAGAUGUUACCAAUACGAAGGUAGGAAAUCAAUUUUCUCUUAGGAAGGAAAUAAUCAAAAAACCGGAGACGUAGUCAAACGUUCAAAACGAGAAACGCGCUCAAAAUAUGUUUAUAGAUUAAAAGCAUUAGAAAAAACCCAUUCUGUUUGCCAUAAAGUGUUAGGGACUAACAAGCGAUACUGAACUACUCUGGCUUUUUAAUGCCACCCUUCACAAUUUAGAGAAUUUUCUUUUUCUUCUUCCCCACUAAGUAAAUAAAUAAUAAGUAAAUAGGUGAAUGAAAUAUAUUUCUAUAAAUUGACAAAGGAAGAAAGCAAGCAGGAAAGAAAUAAGUUGCACGCAUUUUAGGCCUCCUACUGAUGAACAGUUUCGACAUGUAGAUAAUAUUUUUUAACAACUAUUAUAAUUUGCAGUCUGUCUACUUUGAAUAUAUAUGUAAUCGCGUGGGUACGGGGCCAAUUAAAGAUAGAUUUUACGAAUAUCUUUAAAGUUUUCACAAAACUGUCCAAAAUUUCGCCCAAAAGAAAUAACAUUCUCAUACUGUACAAAGUUCAGAAUAGGAAAAGCUUUUAUAUAGUUAACGGUAGGCAUAAGAUACAGAACAGAAAAUGCGAAUGCGAAAUUCAUUCUUUUCAUUUUGUUUAAAUCAUGAAACUAUAAGCAACUUGGUGUUAUAUAUUUGUUUAGCCUAGUUGCAGUUAGUACCCUAACGCGUAAAAAUUUCUGCGUCAAUGAGUGAACACCUAAAACAAAUUGACCAAAUAAGCAUUUAGAACUUCUCGAUCGAAUCCAACAUUCUCUUUCCUAGGCCAGUUAUUUAAACUGAGUUUAACCAGUGUUUAACAAUACCGCGUUCUAAGCUAUUUUCAGUUUGCCGAACACUUUUUGUCAGCAGCGUUUAUCGUGAACAGUUUGAUGAAAGCAUAAGGCGUAGACUAGAUGAGCAUUAGCCUUCUUAAAAUAACCCACUAAGAAAGAGGUUUGGCGGUGAAAAGAUUCAGUCCUAAACAGCGGUCUAAGUUCAUAUACUUCGUUUAAAUAAGCGUCCCAAAGAUUCUAACUAACAGUUUCUGUGAAAAAUGUUAAUAAUUUUCAUAAAGGUACGUACAGUAGAAAUAGCUGUAGUGUCCGAUUUUUGUUCUAAUCUUUGCCAGUGACAUAAAAGGGAAGCCUUUGUCUAUAGAUAGAUGGUAUCGGCCAAGUUCUGCUUUUCAGGCUGUGUUUUCUGUGUACCAUGGAACAUUCAAUACUUGUUUGCAAAUUUAAUGUGAACUUGUUCAAUUGUGCUUUUAUCAAAAUGUGUCUUUUUGACAGUAGUUCUGGUCCCCAUAUUUCACAACCGUAAGGUAGUAUAGGCUUUACAAGGGCAUGAAGUAUCAAUGUUACAGAUCGAGUAAUCAUUUAAUCGUGGAGACAAUGAUAGUAGCCUUUUUGCUAAGAAUUUAAGAGCGGCUGUCUGUAAAUAUCGAGAAUUUUCCGUCAAAACUGGAAUUUCGAAACUCUUCAUAUUCAUGUAGUCAGAAAUAACCCUUUAGUGAAAAUUUUUGAAAAUCACAAUUAAAGUUUCCAAAGAAUUUUCUUUUUCGAGAAAACCGGCAACAGGUGAAAUGCUGCCCCACACCAUAUAGUCGUCGGUCCAAAACCUUUGAAUUAUACCAUUUUCAAAGCCCUCGGGAAGAAAAGCGGGUCAAGAAAACAAGUUCAUCUUUGGCCGAUAAGUAAGACAUCCCAGUUAGAGUACUAUUUAGUAAAAGUAUUGCAAGAUAAUGCAUUUUUUACUCGGAUAAAAACCGCCCGAAGGUUCCUAUCUUCAACGCUUUCAUAAACAAUGAAAAUUGGCGAAACUUUGAAGGAUAAAAUCUUGGUACAUGGAAUUUUAGAAGAAUUAUUAUACCUCGGAAAAGCCCUACUGUUUUAGUACAACAUAUAAAAAAUUCAGCUUGGGCAAUUUGAAAGCAACCCGUCGAGAGAGGUAAACGCGCAGUUCAUUUUCGAUGCUUUUGCAUAUUUUUAAAAUGUUAAAACCGUCACGCAACCGGGGGUAACGCAAAUUCCAUGAAAUUCUAUUUAAUGUACCCAAACAGGCAUUUUAUCGAUGAAUAUGGAGGGUCUCCCAGGGGUUUUGGUGAACAAGGGAACAAGGGAACAUGAGCCUAUUUUUAGAGAACAGGGAAACAAAACUGUACAAAUUAGAGGACGAAAACAUUUUGAUAUAAGAAAUAACGAGCGUUAUUUCUGAGAUUGUAUUUAUAUAUAUACCUCUUAUUAGCCGAGUUUUCGGUCCGUAUUGUAAAUUACGGACCGAGUUUUUUUCCAUCGAUUUAUGGCCCAAGCCAAAGCGCGCGGGCCGUAAUUUACAGUAGAGACCGAAAAAACGAGGCUAAUAAGAUGUUUAUUAUAUGGCUUAUUCCAGUUUUGGGGACCGGAAACAAGUGCAGGACGCGCGAUUUUACAAUCAUUUGACAGCCAUCCAGAAAGAAAACAAUAGCACACAACAAUGGGUUUCCAAGAAAGUAAAAACGUUGAAAACUUUUAUUUGGUCAAAACUAAGAGCGCUGUAAGUUUUAGCUCUUUAAUGUAACGCUGGAGUAUUUUGGAAACCGGGCACUGUGUCUUUCUCGAAGUAGUUUCCAUCUUUCCUUUGUUGGUCCUUGUAUAAAAAAAAAAAAACACUGCAAGAGGCAAAGAAGCUUUUCAAGGUAAGUUUGUUGUCAUUGUCGAAGAUUCGCUCGUUAAUUUUUUUGGGAAAACCUCUCGAAUUUCUGCCAGUUCAUUCUCGUCUUCAAGCGUGAUCUGCUUUAAAAUUUUCAAACACGGACCAUAUUUUCUUUCACGGAAAGGUUACGAUUCAGUUUCUGCAUCAGCUUCGUUCUCGUUCAAACAAAGCUAGGUUAAAAUCUGGAAAAGCAAAGUCAACAUCCCAGUCCUCAGGGUUAUAGACAUAUUUUUAAGUAUACUCGGUCAAAACUAAGAGCACUGUAAGUAUUCACUCGCCAAUGUGACGCUGGAGUCUUUUGAAAACUGGACAUUGUGUCUGGCUUGGAGUCGCUUCUAUCUUUCUUUCGUUGGUCUUUGGAAAAACACUGCAAAUGACAAAGAAGCUCGUCAAGAUUGUGGGGUGCAGGCAUGUUUGUUCAUAUUUGUCGAAGGAAUUACUCAUUUUCUCUUAGGCAAAACAUCUCGAAUCUCUGCCAGUCGAUUUUCGUCUUCUUAACUUUGUGCUACGAUGAAAUUUUUAAACACUGUCUAGAAUCCUCUUCGAUAAGAUGACAAGUUGAUUUCUUCAUCGCCUUCGCUCACAACUAAACACAGUUUAAAAUGUUGAAGGACAAAAGGUUGAUAGACGUCUUGUAACUUAAUUUCAACCUUUUUUUUCCGAGGUAAAGAGAUUUAGAGCCCCGAAAUGAGCAUUUUCUUUGAAAUUUUGGUCCGUAUAGCAAGUUACGGACCGCAAAUUGACCAAUCGCAUAGCGAAAACAGACUCAGCCAUAUAAUAAGGUCAUCUAUGCACCACUGUCAUUGGUUUUGUCUACUUUACACAAGCGAAACAAAGUGAAGGCUUUCAGCUGGGAGUCUGGGUACGAGGUUACGAGGGUCGACACGUUGGCAAGAAUCUGUUGUCACAGAUUGCCAAGACGGCGGAUAGAUCGUUUGCCGAUCGUCUUGUGCUGCGUGUCACUGCUGCGAUUUAUAGAAAGGGCGAAGAAAAACCAGCAAUGCGUUGGUCCUUUGAAAUGGGAAUCGGGGGCGAAAGUGACAAGAUGUUGCUUGAUUUUAUUUUUCGAGUUAGAGAAGGAUUUGGAAUCCCAGAUCGCCGUAGC